AUGAAUGAAAAUUUGCCUUUGUAUGAUCGUAUCUUGGGAGAUAUGAGGGCUACCUCCUUCUUAUUGGUGUCCUUGCUAUUGCUGUUCGUCAAUGGGAAAGAACGGCAGAAGUCUUUGAAAUCGUUGAAGACUCAGGUAAUAAUGACUAGUAUUAUACCUGCGAUCAGUUUCUUUCUAUUUCACAUGCUUCCUCUUUUCUCUUUGCUGAAUCUAUCUCCGAGGUCAAAAGUUGAAUUUUAUUGUUGUUAUCGAAUUCUUGGAAUUUGAUUAUCAGCACUUUGUUUACAGCUGAAUCAAAUUAAAGAUGACAUCGAAUUGAAGCUGAGUAGAUUAAAGAGCCUCAGGAAUGAAAUACGAACACUCAACCAGGAGCUAAAAUUGAAUAACGAGAAGGAAAUGCUUCGGAAUGUGACAAUAUCUGAGAGUAAAGGAUUCAAGAAGAGAAUCCGAAAUAAAAUCAAUGGAAUCCAGAAAAAGCUUCGCAGGUUGGAAAAAUCGUUUAGAAAGCAUAAGAAGACUGUCAAGGACAUCAAAAAACACAAUGGCCUUGUCAAUACCACUCCCAGCAUUGCAAGUUUUACUCUUCCGGCUUCUAGAUUUAUUUAGAUUCAAGUGUUCGAGGCCCAGAAAAACAGAUCCAGACCGGGAGAACACAACAGCCCAUGUUCGACACAUAAUGAAUGCAAGCCCGGUAGGUUGUUGCUCUACUUGUAUUAUGAUUAAUAGGACACUGUUGUCACAAAAAGAAGGAUGAGAAUAAAUGUGUUAAACAUAGCUUCAAGAUAGGAGAAGGAUGUGAGGAUUCCUGCUCUUGUGAGACCCAUCUCCAUUGUUUCAAACCCAUUAAAGGGAAUAUAAAAGUGAGCUUUUUGAACUUUCAUAGAAUGUACACAAUUGACUACAAAUUUAUUUGACGUCAUCCAAUUCCAGGCAUACUGUAAGGAAGCGCGAGCCGACGAUUUCAUGAGAGGAAACUACCGCAACAAUCAAACUUCAAUAUUUCUUGAUUAA